GAUAACUGAAGCCAGAUAUAUUAGAGCAUUAGAAGCCAAAUAAUCCGGCUCCGCAGUCGUUCCAAAUUGAAUUGAGGCAAGCUAUUUGAUCUUAUCAAAGACUGAACCAUAAACUUAAAAUAAGCUCUUUCUUCUUAACGUGAAGUGCGGGGGGAAGUUUUUCAAUUUUUUGUAAGCUUCGAUUUUUUUUAAAACUCUUAUCAAAUGCUUUAGUUUAUCAUUUCUUAUGCAUUGACUUUUAAAGGUCGUUUGAGCAUUUAGGGCAUUGUAUUGAUACGAGCAUUAACGUGUAUCUUUUUUCCAUGAUUUUUUUCAGAAAGCGAAUUGUAAUUUCAUUGUAGAAGCUUAAUUCCUCUGUGAUGCAGAAUUAUUAGAACACGAUGCUGAAAGCCCACCUUUCCAUUUCUCAAUAACUCCUCCCGCAAUACCAGCAAAAGAAAUUAGAGGCAGUUGACCUAAAUGAGUGCCAAAGACACACCAAUUCGUUGGUGACAUUUGUUUAUUGACUGGCCCAUUUUAAAACCUCUCGGUAGAUGUCAAAACUAUAGGUCACAAUUUCUUAAGCUACAGAGCUCUGUGCCGACUUCUUUUCAUAUCGAAAACAUUCUUCUUACAGGUAGAUAGAUAGGUUCCUCCCGCUUAGGAAUUCCAAGCGUGUUCCACGUGUAUUACCAUAAUCACCACUCUCACCCUCGCUCUUAUAUAAUACAGAGUAUGUUAAAUAAUAUGAAAAGCGGUGUGUGUAUUGUGUGUGUGUCUAUAUCUACAAAAAAGCAUCUAUGCAAAUUUCUCCGUCUUGAACCUUAAAUAAGCAAAAGGGUAGCUACAGUCCGAAGGCAACGGUUAACGGAACCUUUAGAGGGAAGGCGGAAAAAUUGAAUUGAAAUUUUAUCCAACUUCUCCAACUCCCUAACUAGCUCUAUUUAAUAGAAGAAAAAAUGAACGCCAAUUCAAUGCAAGUUUUUUAAUUCUCUAACAGAGGCAGUUUCUGCCCUUACAACUUUUUUUAUUGUUAGUUUUCUGAGGAAGCUUUUCAUUCGUUUUAAAAGCAAAAUUGCACAAAACCUGCACGUUUUUUUGCAAAUAAACAUUUUAUCAUUGUCAUUUUUCUAGCUAAUCGCCAUAUUUAUUGCCCGUUUGCUACUCAGUUCAGUUUCAUCAUUUUUUGUUAUCAUUUUCAAGGUGGAAAACUAUUUGGAGAUAUCUGCUCUGAUCAGAUGAAUGAUUAUUUCUUGACCGUUUCCGGAGCCAGCAAGGCGGAGAAUUUUGACGGCGUAAUCUAGUUACAGAUUAGUCGCAGCGCCUGCUAUAAAAAAAGAAUGCCUUGUUAUUAUUACUCUUUCCUUCCAACUGAGUGCUACUUUUGAUCACCUCUUCUGUCCCAGGUGGGGCCUAGAUUUGAUCACGCCACUAAAAAACGCCCAUGACGCAAAUCUACCACAGUCGCCGCCGCCACCGCCGUCUUCUCCUCCAGCACGGCCACCGAUGCGGCUUCUGAAGAAAACUUUCAAAGGGGAUGCUUGAUAUUUUAGUUCUUACCUCCCUCCCAUUUCAGACUACACUCUUGACCACAAGUGCCAGGCCAUGUAACACAUGCAGUAAAGUACUAUGGGGACAUAACUUCUAUUACAACUACCUCAUCCCUAUUAUACAUAUUAUACCCAUUAAAACUCCAUUAGACGGCUGCUCACUUUGAAUACCCAUUCUUCAUUUCGGGGACUUCUUCCUAAUUAAAUUUCUUUUCAAACUGCAUUUUGACCAAGUAGAUUUGAAAAGCGGCAACGAUUGCCACUAAAUUUGCUCCUACGAGUUACUAACGGAUUAAAAAAUUCUAAAAAAGGAUAUUCAAUCCUCAGAUACAGACACACAAAAUCUAUCAGCUUUCGGAACUCUAUUUUCGAGUCUUUAUUUUAUUAACGCCUCAAUUGCGAAUGGCCACAAAAACUAUCUUCACAACUCUUAUUUUUACAGAUUGACAAGCUUUUAGAAGUUGACGUUAUCAAUGAUGAGUUAUUGACAUGAGUUAUCAAUAAUCUUCAACUGCCACAUGCUCCUGAUGUACAAGUACUCGAUUCGCACAUUCUGGCAUUUUGUUCAAACUUCUCCAUGAUACGAGUAUUCUUUCAAUUCCAUUUGUCGCUGUAGUGAACGAUAUUUAAGAGAAGGGAGUUGUGACCCAAGCAUUUUGAUUGCUGGCGAAGCGAUUUUGGAAGUGGCAUCCUUGUUUCGGUCGGGUGGUAGUGAUGCCUAUGCCAUGCGGUCGACUGAAGAACACAUUCAUCCACCGGUUGUUCCUCUGCUACUACUGCACUCCUGAAGAUGAAAGACCCAAGCAGAAGGUGCGUCCUGGGAAAGGAUCGAGCGAGCAGCAGCUAAACAGGGGCAAUGGGGACAACAACUUUGCCUCCACCGAGACCCAAACCAACAACUCAGUCCCGUCAUCCGGCUAUGCCGCCGUCCAACAAUGCUCAACCAAUAACAACAAUAACAACUACCAACUCCGUCGGACACCUUCGUACAAGAUCAGCGGGGACCAAUCUGACCAAGGUGGGGGAGGGGCUGCUAUUACCAGUUCCUCCCCAUCCCCCUCCGAAGACGCCCCUGUAACUCCAGAGGUGUUGAUGACAUGGGUAAAUGAGGUGCUAAGUGAGUCAUUGGUGCAGGAGGUAAACGCAGUGUACAAGUUCGUGAUAGUGGAUGACAAUAGCAAGAGCCAAAGCAUUUACUACUUGGAUCUCAAAAACGGCCGAGGAUCAGUCG